UUGUAUCAGUUUCCAGUGUUUCACUCAGACACCACUUUCUGAUCGUCUUGGUGGAUCCAUAUCUGUCUCCUUGGAAACCGAGUGGAUUGGUUAUUAACGGCUUGCGAAGACCGUGUCCCUCUCGCUGUCUCUCCGGGGUAGACUCUCCGAUAUCAGAAUGGUUCAGCUGGAACUGGGAGUGUAUCCCUGUCAAUAGGGAAAGGCCUGGGAGCAGACAAUGCUGAGGACAUCAUCGUGUGAUACCAGUGACCCGGAGCUACAGAUGAGUCCCUGCAGCCCUCACAAACAGCUGUGCAAUGGAGAAUACCCGAGGCUUUGCGAGAAGGAGGAGGUUCCAGGAAAUGUCCCGGUGCCUACAAAGCUCACUCUCUUCGACAAACUGAUGCUGUCCCACAACAUCUGGCUGCAGCUGGGGAUCGAGUCAGCACAAGUCAGGAACAUCCUGAGGAAUCAGCCGCCAGGGACAUUUCUGAUGUGGAGUAAUAAUUGUGGGAAAAAUAAGAUGCUGACAGUUCGACUCGGAAACGGAGCUUCUGGGUGUCAGGAUUUCGUUGUUAAGGAGGAUGCUUUUGUUUUAUCUCUGGAACACUCCUGCCUGGGAUUCAGCAGUGUAUUUCAAAUGAUCGCAUAUUACUGUGUGAGCAGGGAUAUCCUGCCUUUUCGGCUCCAACCACCUGCAGCUAUCUUACAUGCAACCAGCAAGGAGCAUUUGGAGCAGAUCUCAGCACUGGGCAUGAUGUUCUGGGAAUCCCUAUUCAACCAGAGCCAGGAUACGACAUUCCGGGAAGUCGAGGGGGACGCCUUGGCUGUCAAUCCCACAUCCGGCUUCGGAGUCCUGAAGCAGCAGCCCCUCCCGAUGUGCUCCAUCCAAGUGACGGCCGAGAACGGUGCCCUCUUCUUCAUCAACCCCCUUUUCCUGAGGGAGCAUGGGGACAGUUGGGUCACCAAGGUCCCACUGCAGACACAGGCCUUCAGGCCCUCGUGCCUGGCGACCAGGAACAAGACACCAGCAUGGACUGGCUGCAAAGCAACUCCCACUUCCCCCCGAAACCAGCAGGAGGCGGCGUCGGCAAACGCUGCAGAGACAUCGGAUUCUGGGAACAGCCUGGAAGAAGAGGACGCAUUCAAAGGCCCCAGCCUGGGGAGGGACACGCUUUCGGACAAUAACGUGGCGGCUCUGAGGAGAAAGAACUUCACGCGGCGGGCGGCCUGGAGCUGGGGGGAAGAUGCCGAGAGCGAGGCCCCGGAAAGCGAGGACACAGAGCGGGAAAGGCCCAGGCCUAAGAGUACCAGCUCAGAGACGGGGCCUGGGAGCAGCCGCACCCUCCCGGCCCACUACCGGGCCUCGUGGCUGGGAGCGGGCGAGCGGGGGACCUUGCCGUCACUGACCAAGUCCCACUCAGAGGUCUCUCUGUUCGCCUGCGACAGCCCGCCUCUCCCCUCCAUCUCGGAGCUGGACUCGCUGUCCAUCAGCAGCGUGGAGGAUGAGGGCGAUGUGACCAGUGCGGCCCAGGUGCAGCAGAAACGCCCCUCGAGCGGCCUGUCCGACAGGGUGCGUUAUCGCCUGUCGGCCGUGGGCCAUGCCUUAACCGGCCUGGUGUCUGCUGACCGCCGGGUCCGUAACAAGAUCGAGGAGCUGGGCCAGGACAAGGGCUCCUACUUUGGAGGCCUCGUCCAAGGCUUCGUCUCGUACACGCGCCAGAACCGGUAUAAGUACGCCAGCAGCACCGAGAUGCUGCAGGCCAUCUACCACAUGAUCGCCAGCCUCCGCAACUACCUGAGCCAGAGCUCGGAGCUCACACCCAUCCUGGACCAGACCGAGCACGAAGAGUGUGAUAUAGACUCGUCCAUCGAAAAGGCUUUGCAGAAGUGUAUCCUGAAACCCUUGCGGGACCACAUUUACUCCUGCCUCUUGGAGUUCCACACCAAGGAUGGCUCUCUGGGCAAGCUCAGGGACAAGCAGCUGGUGCUGCAGAAGCAGAGCCUUGCAGACCUGGGCAUCACCGCCCGCGUGCCCGACUCCGCGGCUCUGGACAAAAUCCAGGGCAAGUUCAACACCAUGCACACCCUGUACUCCCCCUGGAAGAAGGUGACACAGCUGCUGAAAGCCUGCAAACUGAUCUACGAAGCCAUGUCCGGGACAUCGGGGCAACCCCACGGAGCCGAUGACUUCCUGCCAGUGCUCACCUACGUCCUGGCCAGCAGCAACUUGACCAACCUCUCUCUCGACGUGGAGUACAUGAUGGAGCUCCUGGACCAGAGCCAACUCCAGGGUGAAGGUGGAUACUACCUGACGACGAUGUUUGGUGCACUCUAUCACAUCAGCAACUUCCAGCCCAGGCAAUUCACCCGGCAGAUGAGUGAUGAGGCCAAGUCAUCAAUCCGUCAAUGGCGAACGAGAAGAACCAUUCACUAUACCCAGUCAAAGAGACGCUCAGCACAGGAUUUGCUGCACAUCUCUCUACACGAACCUAGUGGAAACCAGGUGCCUAUAUUAGCCCCAGGGCACAUGAGUGUGGCCGAGGUGGAGAAGGCGUGUGCCGAGAAAUUCGACAUGCCGGACCCCGAGAGCUACAGACUCUUCGUGGUCCAGGGAGACUCGUACUGGCCGUUGGAGGGGGACUCCUGUCCCCAGAAGGUCAGGGAGGAGCUGAAACAGAAAGGGGAGACCGCGUUCCACUUUGUGUACGGACUCAAGGACAGAAGCCAGUGCCCCCAGACUCCCUCAGAGGACAGGCAGCCCACUCCAUGACGGGUCUCCCUCGGUGAUGGGGGAUGGAGGGAGCUGGAUCGUUGGGGCUGCCCUGGGCGCAUUUGAGAGCCGGGGGUCACUUGCUCAAGGAUGGUAACGCUGCCGUCUCCUGUUUCUGAGCGGAGCCGAUGGAUCACGGGAACUGUAGGAGGCCAUUCGGCCCCUCCACACCAUUCAUAUGGCUGAGAUGUCCUGGUCUCCAGGAGACAUUCCUUUCUCUACAAACCCUCUAUGUUGGGGAAGCGGGGGGGAUGGGGAAAUGGAUUUUUUUUUAACCUUCUCAUUCAUUCUGUCAUAGUCCACAGGCUGUGCUCCCUUUUUUAGUUCAUCAACAACUGUUCAAUAUGCAGCGAUCGAAGCAUCUCUACAAGAUCUCACACCCAAAAUAUGACGAGUCAGUAGGGCAUGGGCAUGACUGGCUGGGCCAAGACUUAUUGCCCGUCCCUAAUUGCCCCUUGAGAAGGUAGGGGUGAGUCACCUUCUUGAACCACUGCAGUCCAUGUCCUGUAGGGACACCCACACAAGGCCCUUAGGGAGGGAAUUUCAGGAUCCUGACCCAGCGACACUCAAGGAAUGGCGAUAUAUUUCCAAGUCAUGUGCUUUGGAGGGGAACUUGCAGGCGGUGGUGUUCCGUGCAUCUGCUGCCCUUGUCCUUCUCAGGGAUGGAGGUUUAGAAGGUGCUGUCCUGGUGAAAAGAGGUGAAACCUUUCAGGUCUUUGUAAAAUAACAUCCUUGUGUGGUCUGUACCACUUUACUGGAAAUCUUCCUUGUCUAAACAUGAGUGGGUGUAAUAUCCCUCCUGUAAUGAAAGACGCUGAUCGGCAGACGAUAUUAUAUCCCUGGGGGAAAACAUAUAACUUGAACAAAUCCAAUCAAAAGAAGGGUCUGAAUUUUAAAAUCACGGUGUUGCUGAAUCAGAGGCGAUGGCAGGUGCGGGGCAUAGAGAUGUCGAGGGAGCUGUACCUGCCUUUGUAUCCCCUAACCAUUUUCUCUUAAUUUAUUUGGCUGCUGUUGGAGAUUCCUUUUGUACCAACCUUGCUGCCGCUCAGAAAGCACCAACCAGAACAAACUUUGUACGUUAUUUAUCUCAAGACACUGCUUUUGGAAAUCGUAGCUA